UACAUUUUAUUACAUCCUCCGCAAAACUCGUAUCUAACUGUUUCAUAAUCUCACUUCAGUCUUCAGACACACUCUCUCUCUGACACCCUCUCUCUCUCUGCACACAUUUUACAUUUCUCUCUCUUUAGCCUAAGCAGAAGCCAUUAAUUAUACAAGGCUCCUGUUAUUCCGGUGAAUACUACUGUGCUUUCCUGACCCAUUUGGUUUCCGGCAAAUCUCCGGUCAUUUUUACCUCCGGAAUGUCAUUUUCCGGCAAGAUAACUGUUGCAGUACUGUUAUUGUAGCUUUCAUCCAGGUUUUGUAAUGAAUGGGAUUCAGAAUGGCGGACCUCACAAUCUUGAAGAACCUUUACCAGGAUGCUUCGGAAAAAUGGAUAACCUUUUUGAUCUGACUGCAGGCAUGCCAGGCAACCAGCUUCUUACAGAAAAACCUUAUCGUGAUGGUUCUUCCCUGUCUAGGAGUUGUUCAGAUGUGUCAGGAAUAAGUCCAACCCAGGAUCUUCUCGAAGAUACAGAGUGUUGUGGUGUACAGAUUAUAUCCAAAACGAGAAGAACAUCUUUAAAUAAGAAAUCAAGAAGAACACCCAUAAAGAUGCUCAUAGCUGAAGAAAUGUCAAAAGAAAUGAUUUCUACAGAAAGCCCGACCAAUGUAGUUGCCAGGUUAAUGGGGCUUGACGCCAUUUCAUGUCAGCAGCCUCAUUCAGCUUCACAAAGAAGUCACUCAAGAAAUUCUUCCUAUUCUAACGUGCCUAUGGAAUAUUGCCAGCAAGUACAUGACUCAUUCGAGACACAGAAACUACAUGAGAUUCAUCCAUAUCCAGUUCACAAUAAUUUUAAAGAUGUUUAUGAGAUAUGGCAGUCACACGACAUCUGUGUUAAAGAUAAAUCGUCUCAAAGAGAGAGGUUCAGUGGAAGUGCAAGUGAGAAAAAGAUGGCUCUCAUUCGUCAAAAAUUCGCAGAUUUGAAGCGUCUUGCUUCAGAUGAAAAGCUUCGCCAAACCAAACAGUUCCAAGAUGCAUUAGAAGUAUUAAGUUCGAACAAUGAUUUAUUCCUUAGAUUUCUUCAGGAACCAAAUUCUAUGUUCUCCAAGCAACUGUGUGACCUACAUACCAUCGCUCCGUCUCCUAGUACAAAACGUAUUACUGUUCUUAGACCUGCUAAGAUGGUGGAUGGUAACAAAUUUACUGGACUACAGAAGCAGUUUCAAGUGAAGAAAACUUCCCAGACUGAACAGGUCCGUAGCCGGGACAAAAGAACUUGUGGAUUUUCCAGUCCAACAAACUGUAAAGCUGAGGAUAGUCAUAUUCAAACAACACGAAUAGUGGUACUAAAACCUAGUCUUGCAAAGUCCCGUGAUCUUAAGACUGUUGUUUUGCCACAUUCCUCGUUUCCAAGUGCAUUAAGUACAAAAGAUGAUCAAGGAGAGCAUGAGAAUAAUGAUGCACGUGAAUCCAGUGUAGGAAAGGAGAUCACACGGAAAGUGUGUGAAAAUUUUGGUGGACAUAGUAGGGAUGGGACCUUGCGUGCUCCUAUGCUUUCCAAUGGUUAUAGCUAUAUGGGUGAUGGAAAAUCAUUCCACAGUUCGGAGAAUGAAUAUGCUGUGGAAAAUCUUAGUGAUCCUGAACUUAUGUCUCAGGCUUCUAGGCAUUCUUGGGAUUACAAAAACAGGUCUGACAGCCCCUAUUCUCUAUCCUUCAACCGUGCAUCUUAUUCACCUGAGUCAUCAGUUUGCCGAGAAGCCAAAAAACGACUAUCUGAAAGGUGGACUAUGAUGGCAGCUAGUGGAAAUUGUCAAGAAAAGGGACAUAUGCGGAAAAGCUCUAGUACUUUGGGGGAUAUGCUUGCUAUAUCAGAUAUGAAAAAAUUACUGAGACCAGAGGGAGAUUCUAGUCAUAAACAAGAGGCUAGAGCAUCCACGUCAUGCUUAUGUACUAAUUUAAGUGACAAUGAUAGUUGCAAUGCUACUGCCAGGAACUUUUUGAGGUCAAAAUCUCUUCCUGUAUCUUCUACUAUUGAUGGUUCAAGGCUUGGUUUAGAAGUUUCCAAUCCAAAGAUGGAGAAAAAUGAAAUCAUGAAGGAGGUGCCAAAGGCAAGAGCCGUGAAACUAAAAUUAAAGCAAAGAGUUUCGAGCUUGUUUUUCUCAAGACACAAAAAGUAUGGUAAAGAAGAAUCAAGCCAACCCAGUUCCGUAAGUGACCAUGGAUGUAAUCCCAGCACUGAGGCACCUGAACAUAGUAAUGACAUAGCAUCAUCAAGCAAAGUGCCUUCUUUAGAUUUAUCAAGCAUGGAACCUAUACUGGAGACAAGUCCUACUAAGGCUGUAUUUUCAGUAUUAAAGUCUUCUGCAAAUGAAAAUUUUAAUGAGAACCAGGAGCAACCAAGUCCAAUUUCUGUCUUGGAACCUUCUUUUGAUGAGAAUGAUCAUGGCAUACCUGAGUUUUAUAACAAUUUAAAGCCAGUUGGAAAUGGGACAAGAGAGUGUUCUUCCCAUCUUACUAAAUCAAAUCUGAUUGACAAAUCCCCGCCAAUAGGAUCCAUUGCUCGGACUCUUUCAUGGGAUGAUUCUUGUACAGAAACGACUACUCCAUUUUCAAUGAACAUGACUGCAUUUCCCAUAUGUGCAGAUAAAGAAAGACAAGAAUGGUUUUUUUUAGUUCAGACACUACUAUCCGCAGCUGGCUUUGACAAUGUGGAGCAACCUGAUACACAUUUUCCGCGAUGGCAUUCCCAUGAUAGCCCUUUAGACCUAUCACUAAGAGACCAAUACUUAGACCUCAAUGACAAGGAGGUACAGCAUGAGGCUAAGCUAAGGCAAAGGAGAUCAAUCCAAAAGCUCGUGUUUGAUUGUGUAAAUGCUGCUUUGAAAAAUCUAGCUGUCUACGAGUCAACUACAGGGAAAAAAGGAGUAUCAUGUAAUAGGUCCAAUGCUAGCCUUAAAGAUCAUGCAUCAUCCACAAUGGUGGAAAUUGUAUGGUCCCAGAUCGAGGAAUGGUUUUCCGAUGAGAUGAAAUGUGUUCCCGGUUAUUUUGGAGACAACAGGUUGGUUGUGGAAAUGGUGGCAAGGAAGGAGGUAGCAGGAAAGGGUUGGCUUGAACAUUUGGCAGUAGAUAUGGAAGAUUUAAGGAAAGAAAUUGAAAACAAGCUGCUGGAAGAGCUUGUGCAAGAGGCUGUGGAAGACUUGACAGUUUUACUAUGAGGAGGCUCCUUUUUUAGCUUAUAAAUUGUAAGUUCCACUCAGUUUAGAACAAUAUUAUUGUGUAAUGCUAGGUUUUUCAAAUA